GGAAUAUUGGGCGCAAAUUCCAUAGAUAAGGUCACUCUAAUAUGGAUUACCAUGUGGUCAACGAGGUAUAAGAAUAAUUUAUAAAUAUGGGAACAUUUUAUUCAGUUCUUCAAACAAUCAAGCAUUAAGAAGCAUUAUUUUAUUAUUCAAUAAUAGAAUAAGAUUUGAUAGUGUCAAACGACAAUCAUUGAAAAGAAACUAAGCAACAAUGGUAAGUGAUAGUUCAAUCGAUUUAUGGUUUAAUUCUGAUAAUUUCAGAGAUGUUGAACAAAAAAAUGUUUAUCCAAAUGUUAGUGUAUUUAACCGAAGUGUUUACACAGUCAUUCAACCAAAGGAAGUGUACAUUAAGUACUCGAAAAUCAAUGCCCUGCUUGGAUCACUUGAUGAAAUUGCUUUCUUAAGUCCAAAAUGUUGUUUCUUUCGGAUUUCAGAAAAUAGAUAUAUAGAAAUUGUUAGAAGCCUGACUGGAAAUGAGAUAGCCGUAUUAGGUGAAUUAAGUGAAAAAUUCAUUACUAAAAACGAUUUUAAUCAAUAUGACAGCAACAUUUAUGAGCCUCAAGAGCAGAAUAUUGUUAGCUUGGACAAGAUCUAUGAUCCCUCAACUUUGACUGCUGAUGCAUUGAUAGAUGCUGCUACUAGUAGAGUACGUGGUCAAUUUGGAAAGUAUAUCAAGGAAGUAAGAGGGCAAGAUACUAGAGUUGAAGUUUGAAUAGGGUUUUACUAAAUCAUUUAAUCCUCUUUUAGUAAUUCUUAUUUAGUCAGAUUGAAUAUAUAGCUUGAUUUCCAGGAAUUAAAUGCAUCAACAUGCCAACUAUCAUUUAUAGAAAUCAUGUUGCAUGUAGGGUGCUUCACUAAUUUAGGCUGAUCAUAUUAGCAUGCUAUAUGGAACAGCAAGUAUACCUGUGAAUCGUUAUUAAGAAACUAAAUUAAGGAUUAGCUGAUUAGCAGAGAACUGAAUAACAUGCGUGGUAAUAAUUUAAGUCUUCGUGCAAGGGGAAUUCAAGAGAAAUCAG